CCAUGUUGUAGAUUUGGUCAAACAGGAGGAAUUACAGCAGGAGAAUCAACUGACAUACUAGAGUAAAGAUGGAGAUUAAGGAGGAACCCUGCAGAAUAAAAGAUGAAGAGACAGAGGAACUAAUAGGCCCCGUGGAGCUGGAUGAACUCCAACAGCCUCAUCGUAUCAAAAAUGAAGAUGGAAAUGCAGCUGAGCAAGAUUUCACUCAGAAACAAGUGCAAAACACUGAAGUCAAAGAGCUGUUCACCUGCUCUGAGUGUGGUAAGAGUUUCAUACAUAAAUCCAAGCUUAAAGUACACAUGAGAGCUCACAGUGGAGAACGACCGUUCACCUGCUCUGAAUGUGGAAAGAGUUACAUGAUUAUAUCAGCGCUUAACAGACACGCUAAAGUUCACAUUGGAGAGAGAUCUCAUAUAUGCGCAGAGUGUGGAAGCGGUUUUGUUUUUAAAGCACAUUUAAAGGAGCAUAUGAAGAUUCACAGCGGGGAAAAGCCGUUCACGUGCGCUCAAUGCGGGAAAAGCUUCAUCCGUAAAGGAGAAUUCAAUUUGCACAUGAAGAUUCACACUGAAGACAAACAGUUCGCAUGCUCUGAAUGCGGGAAGAGCUUCAGACGUAAAAAGACUCUCAGAAAUCAUCAGCUCUUACACAGUGGAGUCAAGUCGUUCAGCUGUGAUCAGUGCGGGAAAACAUUUGACAGCAGCGGUCUUAGCACGCACCUUAAAGUUCAUUCUGGAUCGAGGCCUUACAUUUGCGCGUUUUGCGGAAAGAGCUUCGCACAUGUGAGCUAUUUAAAAUUGCACCAGAACAUUCACACUGGAGAGAAACCUCAUGUGUGUUCAGACUGCGGGAAGAGCUUCAGUACAUCGAGCAACCUAAAAACACACCAGAAGCUUCACACCGGAGGGAAAAUGCUCAAGUGUUCGCGCUGUGAAUGCAGCUUCAGUCAUUUAUCGUCUUUGAAAGCUCAUGUGAGACUUCACACUGGAGAAAAGCCGUAUCAGUGCAUGUCAUGUGGGAGGAGGUUUAUCGUGCUUCACAAUCUUCAAACUCAUGAAAGAAAAUGUGAGCAAAGUUAAUUUAUAGAUGCCUCACCUGUAAGUAAACUCAUAUAGCAGGGAUGUCAAACUCAUCCUGCACAGUUUAGCUCCAACCCUCCUUCAACACUUACUGUAGGUUUUGAACAAGCCUGAAGGACUCAAUUAGUUUGAUCAGGUGUGUUUAACACGCUUAUUUCACGCGGCCGCCAUUUUAAAGAACCAAAGCGAGGCUGCGGUGGGAAGAAACCUGUAAGUAUAGGAUGAGCACUGUAAACAUUGCAGUACACGCUGUGGACUACAAACCUCCAGCUGUUGCUGAGAUUUCAAAUGCAGAAAUGGUGUAAACAUCACUUUAAUAUCAUUCAGUAAGAUUAUUUAAACAAUUAAAAGCAAUUACAAACACAUCUGUAAGAGUAAAUGCUCAAGUGUCCUCUUGGCUUCAGUUCAUGGCACUAGUUAAACACCAUCGGGACGCUUUCCUGCUUCAGCCUAUGUAACCUGGUGAGUGAUAAAACACUGCAGUCCUCUGUAGCACGCCCUUGUGUUGUCUGUAAUUGUCCGGUACUCAAGUUUUCAGUUCAUUUCCCGCUAACAUUCA